UAGCCACACAAGUCACCAUCGGGGCGCCAUCUUUCUUCUCAUUGUUGUUGCGUCAAAUCGUAGUGAAAAAGCAUCUAAAACUCGUAGGAAUUUAUAAUUUCGUAAAAUUACGUAGUUUUGUGUCAUUUAUUUCGACAUUCUAAUGAUUUAGCUGUCGCAGAAUCAUACAUCAUCAUAUAUUGUGACCGUCGUAGUGUAGCCUGGUGCUCCGUCGCCGCCCGGUGAUGACAUUUGUCUCCAUUGGAAUAUUCCGUUUCACCUGGAGCUGGACCUCUCCUCGCCGAAACGGACGAGUAUAAUAAAGUAUAUGGAAUGUGAUCGAUGUAUUGAGAAUGGACAAGACGUUGUUUCGACACCGCAGGCAUGGGCCUGCGGGGUCAAGCGUAAGUUCGGAGACGGUGGGAUGCGGGUUGGCGGGCCUGGCGGUCGCAGCGCGGGCCCUGGGCGAGUGCUGGCUCCCGGCGCUCUUCUGGAAGACCGCGCCAUGCUCGCUGGCGGCGUCAGCGCCUCUGCUCACCGCCGCCCCGAGCCGCGGCCCUCUCCCCGAGCGCCAUUGCCUCGAGUCGUGUCAGACUCUCCCUUUAUGAACAACAUGGACGAAAUCACUUAUUGGAUCGUGACAAAACGCGCGCCGUGCUUAGCAGGUUACAACAACCCUCUGCGGCGUGUGCAACCACAGUGUUCUCGUGCGCCUUUUCACUCAGUUAGCCCUGAAGAACAAGGAGAGCCCGAGAAGAAAAAAAAGAAACUUGUUGUCUUGCACGAUGAUUCUGAUACAUUGGACCAAAUAAAUGUUCAUGUUGAGGCAUCACCUCAACUUGAGUGUGAAGUGAUCAGUGAUGAAUCAGAGACACUUGUGUCAGAUGUGGAUUUUAAUAUAAAAAAAUCAUCAGUGCAGGUCAAGAACAAAACAACAAAGACACAAAAGAAGAGCAGUCGUGCAGCUCUACGUAAAAAUAAUAAGGUGGUCACAUCUACACCCAAGGUGACAUCAAAUCUUAGAAGGAGCUUGAGAAAACUUCAGUCCUCUGUCAAUAACAAUAGCCAUUUAAACAGUACCCUUGAUAUCUUCGACACACCCAAUGGUAAUGAUCAUCCCACUGUUUCCAAGUGUCAGACAGGGAAGUUUGAGGAGAAUACAAAAUUAAUAAAUAUGUCAAACAAGGAACUAAAUGUUAAUACAUGUGCUGUAUCAGUUCCUAGACCAAACAAUGGGGUUAUUAAUGGUCAAUUUGAUGAUCUCAGUGAUGUUUCUGGGUUCACAGCAAACUAUAUAAAGUCCACAAAAAUAAAUUCAAAAACUCCCAGAAAAGUAAGAAGUAAGCAAAGUAGAAACUUGACUAAAGAAUCAAGACAUAGUGGGCACAAGGAAGAGAGAUCUUUGAUUGUGAGCAUCAACAAAGCUACAGGGGAUCCAAAAACGAACAUUAUGAACUGCAGCACUGACUCGUCCCAAAAUAUUAUCAACCUUGUAACUGUUGAUAAAAAAUCAAGUACCAAGAAAUUUGAUAAAAGUACCUCUUUACUCAAGUUUAUGGAAAGUAAAAAAGGGCAAAAACUUGUAAAUGCUAAGAGUGAGAGCCAAAAUGGUGUCCUGAAUACAUCUUUUCAGUCAACAAGUACAACUGGGUCCAGGUAUCCAAAGAGGCACAAAAAUAAUUCCUCGGAUGUAUUAAUGGUAGAAAUCUCUGAGAAGACCGAACCCGCCAAGCUAAGUUUAGAUAAGAGAGCUGCAGCUAAACAAUCCAGCAGACUGGAGAGUACAGAUCUGGUCUCCAGAACAAGAAGUGGGAGAAGCAGGCAUUCUAAACUUACAGAGCCUGCAGUGUAUGUACGUAGCGACUUUCCUGAACAAGAAAGUACUGUGGCUACUGUUAAUGUGGCCAAUGCAGUGCCAAGUGAAGCAAAAGAUAGUUCAAAGAAGAAAAGACCGUCAUCAAAGUGUGGAGUUGCAAGAAAAUCUGUAAACAAAACUGGACAAUCUAAUAAAGACUCUUUUAGAGAAAAAAGUGGUUUUGCUGCUUGCUUCUCUGACAGUGAUGAUGAUAAACCUUUAAAACCGCAGAAAUACUUGUCAUAGCUUAAUUGUUAUUUUAAUGAGUAUGGGAUUUGUAGACAUACUUGUGGAUAGUAUAUUAUGAAACUAGAGUUACAACUGAGCACCACAAUCGUAGGUGUACCAAUUGGUUGUGUACCUAAACUUAUUGCUACACAAGAAGUAUCAUCACAUUUGAUAUGGCAGUG